ACGCAAGGUGCCGGGCUUUACAUCUCACGGCAGUAAAGUUUGCAUCUAUCAUCCGUGCCUUUCAUCCGGAGACAUUCGGCACUUCUUCCGCGGUGCUCACGCUGACUACUAGUUGCCGCUGAGCUGGGAGAGGGAGUGCCUCUUUGACGAGUAUUCACCCAAGGCUGAGCCUGAGAAGCGUUCUAAAGGCUGCAUUUAACAAACUCUUGCAAAAAUGUCGUCAAAGAUGACCGAAGAAGAACUGGAAGAUCUGAAGGAGGCAUUUUCCAAGAUUGAUAUAGACUCCAACGGUUUUAUCAGCACCAAUGAACUCCAAGACCUGUUUAAAGCAGCAAACCUGGCUCUGCCUGGCUACAAAAUCAGAGAACUUGUUCAAAACUUGAUGACAACGGGCGAUUUGAACAAUGAUGGGCAAAUCAGCUUUGAUGAGUUUGUAUCAGUUGUACAUGGAUUGAAAAGUUCAGAGGUGGCUAAAACGUUCAGAAAGGCAAUCAACAAGAAGGAAGGCAUCUGUGCCAUUGGUGGGAUGUCAGAACAGUCCAGUGCGGGAACACAGCACUCGUACUCUGAUGAAGAGAGGUAUGCCUUUGUCAACUGGAUAAAUCAAUCCCUGGAUAAAGAUCCUGACUGCAAGCACCUUGUCCCCAUGGACCCCAGUAAUGAUGACUUAUUCAAUGCUGUUGGUGAUGGAAUCCUUUUGUGUAAGAUGAUCAAUCUUUCAGUGCCUGAUACCAUAGAUGAACGAACAAUCAACAAAAAGAAGCUGACACCAUUUACAAUUCAGGAGAAUCUUAACCUCGCACUGAACUCUGCCUCAGCCAUUGGGUGUCAUGUGGUGAACAUUGGUGCAGAGGAUCUAAAAGAAGGGAAGCCACACUUGGUGUUGGGUCUGCUGUGGCAAGUGAUAAAAAUUGGCUUGUUUGCUGACAUCGAACUCAGUAAGAAUGAAGCCCUGAUUGCUCUCCUCCGAGAUGGAGAAAGCCUUGAGGAUCUUUUGAAGUUAUCACCAGAGGAACUACUUCUCCGUUGGGCCAACUACCAUCUAGAAGAAGCUGGCUGCAAAAAACUGAACAAUUUCAGUUCCGACAUUAAGGAUUCCCGUGCCUAUUACCAUCUACUCAAUCAGAUUGCUCCUAAAGGAGAUGAAGAUGGAAUUCCAGCCAUACUUGUGGAUAUGAGUGGUAUAAAAGAGACAGAUGACUUAAAACGUGCUGAAGGCAUGCUUGUUCAGGCUGAACGAAUGGGGUGCCGACAGUUUGUGACAGCAACUGAUGUUGUUCGUGGAAACCCCAAACUCAACUUGGCUUUUGUUGCUAACCUGUUUAACAAAUAUCCAGCUCUAAAGAAACCAGACACGGACAUUGACUGGAGCUCCAUUGAAGGUGAAACAAGGGAAGAAAGGACAUUCAGGAACUGGAUGAACUCGCUGGGUGUAAAUCCACGAGUAAACCAUCUUUAUAGUGAUUUGGAUGAUGCUCUAGUCAUAUUUCAGCUGUAUGAGAAGAUCAAAGUCCCAGUUGAUUGGAACAAAGUAAAUAAGCCUCCAUACCCAAAACUUGGUGGAAACAUGAAAAAGCUUGAAAAUUGUAACUAUGCAGUGGAACUAGGGAAGAACAAGGCCAAGUUUUCAUUGGUGGGCAUUGCAGGACAGGACCUGAAUGAGGGAAACCGUACGCUGACUCUAGCUCUGAUGUGGCAGCUAAUGAGGAGGUACACUUUAAAUAUGCUUGAGGAAAUUGGAGAUGGGCAGAAAGUCACUGAUGACACCAUUGUUACUUGGGUUAAUCAAACACUGUCAGGAGCUGGUAAAGGCACCAUCUCAGGUUUCAAGGAUUCUCAGAUCAGCACUAGCAUGCCAGUAUUGGAUCUGAUUGAUGCAAUUCAGCCUGGAUCAAUCCGAUACGAUUUAGUAAAAUUGGAAGAUCUGACUGAUGAUGAGAAGCUUAACAAUGCCAAAUAUGCCAUCUCAAUGGCAAGAAAGAUUGGUGCCAGAGUCUACGCCCUUCCUGAAGAUCUGGUUGAAGUGAAGCCCAAAAUGGUUAUGACAGUGUUUGCCUGCCUGAUGGGGAGAGGAAUGAAGACAGUGUGAAGAAGAUGAAGAAUGUCUUAGAAAGAUUAAAGACUAAUGUGGAUUUCGACAAGCAAAUUCCUGCAUUGAGCAACAAAUGUGAUACUUAGGCAGUAUGGGAGAAAGGAAAGUCAUUAAAGUUUAUUUUUUUAAUCACCCAAAAGAAAAGGGCAAUUUCAUUAGGGUUGACAAACCAGAUAUGCCACAGUGAUUUUGUAUCCAUUUUCUUUAUGCUUCUGGGUACUAAGUUUCUGUUUGUUUUAUUUUAUUUUGUUCAUCCAUUUAUCAAUAUUCUGGCUCUGCUUAUUCCACAUUCUUCAUAAAUGUUUCUUACACAUUCAGUCAUGUAAUAGGUUUAGUACAGUGAACUAAUGGCUACAUGUUUAUUUUGAGUUUAAAGAUCAGACUACUUCUAUUUUCAGUUAAAUUGUGAAGUACUUUAGACCCUGAGUUAGAAGGAUGACUGGAUGAAGGCAAGACGUACACCUCAGAUAAUAUUUUUUUUUACAAAUGUAUUUUUUGUUUCAUGUGCACUGUAUCAGAAUAAAUCGGUUAUUUCAAAGUUUC